AUGGCAACUCUAGACAAUGAGGUCAACAUUGCGUGGAUUGACUCUUAUAUCGAAUACACGAGACUCAAAGAUUUAACGCCAGAUGAGAGGAUACUCGAAAAGAAGCAAAAAUUGGAGUCGAAAAUCAGUCAACAGCAGCAAAAAGAACAGCAACUGCAAUUACUACAUCAGAGUCAAUCUAUUACACCGGGUGAAGGUAUUGACAUAAGUCUUGACGCUCCCAAUCUAGUACAGCUAAUUGAAUUUCAAGAGAAUGGGCAAGACUUGACUAAAGAGUUGAAGAAUCUUCUCAUUAAGUAUUAUUGGGCGGGAUUUGAACUAAAUGAUAAACUACGAGAAGCGGAAAUGGGUAAAGAGGCUCGACCUGGAGGAAGUGGAGGAAGCUGA